AUGGUGGUCAUGAGUUCAUUACAGUGGGUUUCUGUCACUGCAGUGUCCCCUCUCUCUGGCCACUGUCUCGGCACUCAGCUUGGAUUCAGGGGCUUCCUCACCCAUGGCUUUCUGAAGACUGCAGCUCAGUGCGACACACUUGAGUUAGCAGAAAUUCCAGAAGGCCAAAUCCUGGAACACUGGGAAUGUUUCAAGCAUCCUAUAUCAAGAUGGAUUUCCAGAACUUUCUUCGAUGGCCCUGAAAAGAAUUAUGAAAAGACAAUGGCUAUUCUUCAAAUUGAAGCUGAAAAGUCUGAUUUAUGGUUAAAGUAACUGGAAGUACCAAGGUAGUUAAUGCAUCCCAGAGGCGAUGGUCCCUUGUAUCAGUAUCCUUCCAUUGAUAAGGCGCUGAUUGAUCAUUCUCCAAAAGCAACUCCCAACAUCGAAUCUCUUAUUUAUCUAAAUACAAAGUCUGAGAACAGAAUGGAUUUGGAGCCCAGAACCGGUGCAAGAUUAUUGAGCUGGAACCUGGAAAGUCGUCAUGCCAUCUCUAAAGCAGGGAUGGAGCUGCACAAGGGGGAUGCUGAGGUCAAAGCUAAGCUUGGCCCACACCAGAGGCUGGCACUUGAACCCAAAGACUGA